AUGCCCCCAACCCGAUCCGUGGGGAAAUCGACCUUCCUGAAGCUGCUGGCUGCCACCUUCCCGCGGUGGCACCUGGUGACAGAGCCGGUGGCGCAGUGGCGCAAGGUGCAGCCGGCCGCUGGCACUGCCCAGGAGCCCCAGGGCUGUGCCAACCUGCUGCCACUGAUGUCCCAGGAGCCUGCCCGCUGGUCCUACACCUUCCAGACCCUGUCGUGCCUGAGCCGCCUCAAGGCCGCGCUGGAGCCCCCCGAGGAGGGCGGGGGCACCCCCGGGACCCCCCCGGCCGUGCGGGUCUUUGAGCGCUCGGUGUUCAGUGACAGGUACGUCUUUGCCCAGAGCCUGUUCGAGGCCGGGCACCUGCAGCCGCUGGAGUGGGCGAUCUACCAGGACUGGCACCAGUUCCUGCUGCGGCACCUGGGGCCCCGCGCCGCCCCCCACGCCUUCCUGUACCUGCGCGCCAGCCCCCAGGUGGGCACGGGGCACGGGGGGCACCGGGGCUCCGCUCCGGGGGGCGGGAUCCAGCUGGGCUGCCUGCAGCAGCUGCACGGCCAGCGCGAGCUCUGGCUGGUGGCCAGGGCCACCGAGAUCCAUUUUCCAGCAGCACGGAGCGCGCCCGUCCUGGUGCUGGACGUGGAGCAGGACUUCGAGCACGACGUGGCCAGGCAGGGCCUGCUCAUGGCACAGGUGGAGGCCUUUGUGACAUCCCUGAGUGCCCACCCCGUGCCAGCCCAUCCCGAGCCCCUGGGCUCCGAGCAAGGGGCAGCAUCUGCCUGAAGACCCCGAGGACAAGGGACACGGUCCUGAGGACAGGGGACAUGACCCUGAGGACAAGGGACACAGUCCCAAAGACAGGGGACACAGACCUGAGAAGGGCCACAGUCCCAAGGACAGGGGACACGGUCCCAAGGACCAGGGACACGAUCCAGAGGACAAAGGACACAAUCCCCAGGACCAGGGACACAAUUCCAAGGAGAAGGGACACGAUCCCGAGGACAGGGGACACGUCCUGGUCCCCACUGUCCCCCAGCCCCUCUGUCCUGGCCGGGGCUGGAUCCUCAGAGCCGUGUGGGGUUUUGGGCUCAGGGGGUCCCCAGGUCCUUGCUGUGACCCCUGCCCGUCUUUGGGGUGGAUUUGCUGCUGGAAUUCCCGAGGAAAAUCCCGGUGUUUGACCCAACCCCCAUCAUUUGUUAAUUUAUAUUUCAUUUUUUCCCCUUAAAUUAAGAUCAGAUCGCUGA